AUGCAAUGGGAAAAUUCUCCUCCUCAGUUAUUCUCGAACUCUUGCCGCGACCGGGUGGCGUACUGUUAGCUUCGUGAACAAAAUGUUUGCCCUGCUGCUGUUAUUCUGCAUUUGUUUGCUUGUGGGCUAUCUCCUCAACCUCUACACCUACUGGGAACGGCAAGGGGUGCCACAUGAAACACCCAUUCCAUUGCUGGGUAAUUUUAAAGGCAUCGGAUCAAAAUAUCAUGUUCGAGAUAUAAAUCAGCGAUUGUAUCGGCGAUUCAAAGGCAAGGCCCCCUUUGCGGGUGUGUAUAUGUUUGUGCGCCGGGCUGCAUUGGUCAUCGAUUUGAAUCUCAUCAAAAAUAUUAUGGUAAAGGACUUCGCUAAUUUCCAUGAUCGUGGAGGGCUGAGCAAUGUGGAAGAUGAUCCGUUGACGGGUCAUUUGGUCUCACUGGAGGGAGAGCAAUGGCGGGCCAUGAGAACAAAACUAACACCAGUGUUUACCUCGGCCCGCAUGAAAUAUAUGUUUCCAACUGUGGUAAAAGUGGGUGAAAAUUUCGCCCGAACCGUGGGUGAAAUGCUCGAGGAGGGGAGUGGCACUCAAAUUUUGGAGAUACGUGACCUCUGUGCCCGAUUUACCACCGAUGUCAUUGGCAACUGUGCCUUUGGCAUUGAAUGCAACAGUCUCAAGGAUCCCAAUUCAGAAUUUCGCCUCAAGGGUAAGGAGAUUUUCUCUCGGCCCCGCAAUGGACCUCUGCUACAUCUCUUUGCCAUAACCAAUGACAAAUUGGCCAGUAAAUUCCACAUGAAAAUCCUACCCGAUGACAUAACGGAAUUUUUCAUGAGUCUGGUACGCCAGACGGUGGAGUAUCGCGUGAAAAACGAGGUGAAAUGUAAUGAUUUUAUGGAUCUACUUAUCGAAAUGAGGGCCAAGGAUGAAGAAUUGGCCCGGGCUUCAAAGGGCAUAGAUUUGUCGCAUGGCCUAACGUUGGAGCAAAUGGGGGCACAGGCCUUUGUUUUCUUUUUUGCUGGCUUUGAGACCUCCUCCAUUACCAUGACAUUUGCUCUCUAUGAAUUGGCUAGGCACCAGGAGGUCCAAGACAGGCUAAGGAAAGAAAUUUUGGAGAGCCUCAGAGAAAACAAGGGGGAACUGACUUAUGAGGCAAUUAACAAUAUGGAAUAUCUGGAUCGUGUGGUGGCGGAGACCCUACGUUUCUAUCCCCCGCUGGCGACGGUGGUGCGUGUUACCAAAAAUGACUACCAAAUACCCAAUACCCGUUACGUCAUCAAAAAAGACAUAAUGACCAUAAUACCCAUUCAUGCGAUACACCACGAUCCCCAAUAUUAUGCCGAACCGGAGCGUUUCAAUCCCGAUCGUUUCACUCCCGAGGAAUGUUUGAAACGUCACCCCUCGGCAUAUUUGCCAUUUGGUGAUGGCCCACGCAACUGUAUUGGUUUGCGUUUUGGAAAAAUGCAAGUGAAAGUGGGUUUGGUAUCUCUGCUGAGCCACUAUCGCUUUGAGUUUUGCCCGCUGACCGAGCAGCCAUUGCAAUUUAAUAAUCAUCACAUGAUGGUGGCGCCCAAGAAUGGGGUGUAUCUUAAGGUGACGCCGGUGUAGGGAGAGAGAGAGAGAGGUACCAGGUUAGCCACCAAAAUCCCACCGGUUUAAAAUAGUUCCUUAUAUGUUAUAAUGUAUUUAAUGGUCAUAAUUAUUGUCGAACAAUUUAAUAAUAAAUAAAUUUUAUUUUUUUUUUCUCA